CACCAUAAUAAUUUUUCUAUUUUUAUACCAUCCAGUUGACUACUACUACUCAUUCUGUUUUCCUGCGUUUUUAACAAAUUUCUAUUCCAGUCAAAGAUAUAUAAUUAUUGCUCGAUACAGUUAAAUAUAAAUAUUAGUCCUAAGUAUAGCAUCAUAUUAUAGUUUUAUAUUAAUUAAAUGUCAGGAAAACCUCCUCAAAGGACAACAUUUCGUCCACCUUGGGUUAAAGAUGCUCCAAGUACGGCACCUGCAACUACUGUACCAUGGAGAAAUCGAGAUAGAGCCACUAAUGAGACUAAUCAAUCAAAUGCGGCUGAUGAAAUAAAGCAUUUUAAACUACGAAAAGUCGCUCCGAAUGAUGGAAGAAAAGUUACAGAAAUCAAAAUUGUGCCAAAAAUUGAAUCCCAAGGACCCUUGCAAGUCAAAAAAACAGUGCCUGUACAAGAUAAACUAACUCAAUCAAAAAUGACAGCAAAACCUCCAAUUUCCAAUACAUCUACACCACCACCACCUCCUGCUCCGUCUAUACCACCUCCACCACCAUGCGCUCCAGCAGGACCACCUCCACCUCCACCACCAAUGGCGAAUAUAAAUGGCCCACCAAUUGUAAGAAAACCACCGACUCCGGAAAAAAUGAAAAAGAUAGAUGCUCUUCGAAGCCGACCAAAAAAGCGUCCGGAUUGGUCGGAUAUGAUGAAAGAAGUAGAAAGUGGAAGAAAGCUCAAGCACGUCGAAUGUAAUGACCGUAGUGCACCUAUAAUACCUAGUAACAAAUCUAAAGACAAAUUUAUGUAUGAAUCAGAAGCGAAAGCAGAAUCAACUGAUCAUCAUCAACUUUUAAAAGAUAUUCAACAUGGUAUUAAAUUACGAAAAGUUACUACUAACGAUAAAAGCAAACCAUAUAUCGAAGGACUUAGAAAAUUUAGAAAACAAGCUACUAUUGAAGAAAAAAUACAGAAAUCCGUUUCAAUGGCAGAUGUUGUAGCUGCAGCUGCUGAGCCUGAUGAACUUGAUGAUAUUGAUAAGGUGAGAGAUGAUUUACAGUCUGCUAAACAAAUGCUUGCAUUGGAAUUGCGUAGCAAAGAAGCACUUGAACGGGAAAACAAAAGACUUUUAGCUAGAGUUGCGAACUUACAAGAAGAACUUCAAGAUAAACCAUCGGGACAUGAAACAACUAGAUCCGACAAAGACCAACAGUUGAUAAACAAGUUAAAAGAAGAAGCGUCGGAAGCUGACCGUAUCGUUAAGGAUAUGGAACAAAAAUAUCAUAUUACAGCUGAAGAACUAGAUAGUACUCGAAGGAAAUUAGAAAGCGCUUGGCUCAGAAAUCAACAGUUGGAAAUGGAGUUGAAAGCUGCGUUAGCGGGUCGUGUAAUAUCAGCUCAACCAGUGCCUCGACAAAUGUCCAUGAAAAAACUGUCGGUCGCUCCAUCGGUUGACCAUUUGUCUGAAGAGGAAGAAGAAGAAGAUGAAGAUGAUGACGACAGUUCAGAAGAUGAUUCAAGCGGUUCGCAAGAGAUGGAUGACGCAAGGAGAACGGCAAGAGAGCUCAAACUUUUACAAGUUAAGGUGAAAUCUUUAAGAGAUAAACAGGUAUCGGCUGUGAAGGAACGCAAAAUGCUCAAACAGGAAUUGACUAAGAAGCAAAAAGAGCUUAAAGCUGAGAAAAAAAAGUACAAAGUAUUACAAAAAGAAGUUGAUAAAAUGGCAAAAUUAAUGAGAGAAACUGGCGAAGAAGAUGAAGACGAAGAAGAAGAGGAAACUGAGGAACAGGAAGAAGAAGAAUCAGAAGAAGAGACUGAGACAGAAAGUGACGACAGUGAUGACGAUACUCAGAGUGAAGGUGAAGCUCCUGAGUCGGCCUCUCCGGAAGAGAAAAAAGAUAAUUUAAAUCGCAGGUCAAAGUAUUACGAAGGUAGACUAGCCUCAUUGAAAAAAGGAAACUACUUGCUUAAGGCAAACGUAGAGAGGCUACAAGAUGAUGUCAAUAAGCAAAAGGAGAUGUCUCUAGUUUUGCAAGAAGAUUUGAAUUCCGUGUUAACUGAACUAGGGUAAACGUGCUCACUCCCUUAAUUUUUUUAUACUAUUGUUUAUUGUUUUUAUGUUGUACUGACGUGAUAAAUUAUUACCAAAUUUUUCGUCAAUAUAUAAAAAAAUUAUAUGAUUAUUUAAUUAUGUCAAAUAAAUGUGCAAUUUUAAUCGCA